GUCUAACAAGGUCCUCGCCCGGUUGUGCGGUCGUGGCCUGCUGCGUGCCAAGUCCUCGUUCUUUGCGAAAUUGGUCAAGCAGCUGGGCGCUCUGAUGGCGACGACCGGCCAUCUCGUCAUAAGCGAGUUCGGCGACUUGGAUCCUGCUCUGGCUGCUGGCGCCAAAGAGUACGCGUUCGACAUCAUCAACUUCAUUGUUAGCCACUCCUACUGCAAGGCUUCGACGAACACCUCAUCGAAGGCGGCGACAGGGGACGACGCUAAUGCAUUGGAGGUGGUUGACUUCGACAUCGAAGAGUUCUGCAACAACCCCUCCGGCCUCGACAGCGUCGGCUGUGCGCCACUCCUGCAGCGGGCCUACGCGCCGCUUAUCUCGGGGGCACACGGUGGGGAAGAAGCAGAGGCCAUUCGGAAGGCAGUGUUCACCCAGGCGCCGAAGCCGCCUACCGCGAACAAGCGGCUGAAGCUCGCAUUCGCGGUCGACACCUUGACUUUGGGUGUCUUAGAGCAUGGUAUCUGGCCACGCGUGUAUUCUGUUCUCCAAGUUCGGGAUUCCGCUAGUACGCCCAACAAGGACACCGACAUGGACCGCCAGCUCAUCAACGAUCUGUGGUUUUCGGAGGUCACAUCAGCGCGGUUCAAGAAGGCCGAGGAAUUUCCGUUUGACGUCGAGGCCCCGAAGCGCCCGGUCAUUCUCGGCAUAGCGUUGGAACCGCGUUCGGCGUUGACAAGCUGGCUUCUGCGACGCGGCCUGGAUGCAGGAGAUGACCGCGAGCAG